UCUGGUUUGAUUAUUUGUGUCUGUGAUACUGCUUCAGUCUUGGGAAACCGUCUUGUUGACGGGAAGCGACUGAAUCUGUUAACUUCACGCCUUGGUAAACAAAAAUUGGUAAAAAUUUUGCCAGUCGAAAAUGUCUCGAUUGCUUUCACGUUCAGCGGAUCUUCUAAGCAUUAGGUGUAAGGACAUCUCCCCGCAGAAAAUGCGUUCCUACUCUUCCCUGUGGUCUAAUAAUAAAUGUACACUUCGUAAACACACCGUUGUUUUUCAACAGAACCGAGCCCUCUUCACGUCGCUGAGACAACGGAUUUUUCAGAUCUUUCGCUCAAAGCAAUCAAAGAUUUGGAUUUUAGGGCUUGGUGCUGGGUUUGUUUUGACUUUAGGGUUAAUGGACCGAGUGUACCUUUCCGAACGUUCUGACUGCAACGAAGCAGAAAACGAUCGCUCAGAGUCUGCGAGAUAUUGCAGUGCCAUAGAAAUAAGCAGAGACCUACUCCAAAGGAUAAAGGUACAGGACGAAGUGGGAGCUCCAGGGAUUGUAGUUGGGGUGUCUGUGGAUGGAACUCCAAUAUGGCUUGAAGGUCUUGGUUAUGCUGAUCUGGAGAACAGAGUGGCCUGUUGCCCAAAGACGGUGAUGCGCAUCGCUAGCAUUAGCAAGCCCCUCACAGCGGUAGCUGUGGCCAGACUCUGGGGGGAGGGCCAGCUGGAUCUGGAUGCCCCUGUGCAGAAAUAUGUUCCCGAAUUCCCAGAGAAACAGUUUGAGGGUGAAGCUGUCACAAUAACUACACGAAUGUUACUAUCCCAUCUGAGUGGAAUUCGUCACUACGAGAGGGACGCAAAGAAGGUAAAGGAGUUGAAGGAAAAAGCAAAGAGACUUUUGAAACUGCCUGAGGGGCAAAAAAAAGAGGAAGAGAAGAACAUUGAAAAUACAGAAUCCCCUAAAAUGGAGGACAGUGGCACCAAGAGUAAGCAGGCCAACCGAAAGAAGGAAUUUGAGCACGAGGAGUACUACCUAAAAGAAGGGUUUCAGAGUGUAAUUGAUGCCCUGGAUUUGUUUAAAGAUGAUCCACUUAUUUUCAAACCAGGCACCACGUUCCUGUACUCCACCCAUGCCUACACGCUGGUCAGUGCGGUGGUGGAGAGGGUGGUGGGUCAGCGAUUCCUGGAUCACAUGAUGAAGGUGUUCCGCGAACUGGGCAUGCUCAACACUGUGCCAGAGAAGAAUGACCCUAUUAUAUAUCACCGCUCAAGAUUUUACAAUUUCACCAAAAAAGGCCGUGUGGUGAAUUGCCCCUAUGUGGACAACUCCUAUAAGUGGGCAGGGGGCGGGUUCCUCUCCACUGUGGGAGACCUGCUGCUGUUCGGAAAUGCCAUGCUCUACAGCUACCAGAUAGCCCAUGUGAAAAACGUGAAGGGCCUCCUGCCGGGAUUCCUCAAGCCAGAGACUAUCAGAGCUACGUGGACCCCGGUGGACAAAACAGAGCCAACGUGGGAUAGAGACGGCCUGUACGGCAUGGGCUGGCUGGUGGUGGAGAAACAGCAGGACUAUGGCCAUUGUAGGAGUCGCAGGCACUAUGUCUCACACACAGGGGGCGCUGUAGGGGCGAGCAGUGUUCUUUUGGUGUACCCGAGUGACCCGGUGGAGCCUCGGGGGGACCCACCGGCACUCCCUAAGGGAGUCGUGGUUACCAUCAUCGCCAACAUGCAGUCCGUGGGACUGAACACCACUGCCUUGAAGAUUGCACAGGAAUUUGAUAAAGCUAGAGGGGUCUGAGUGUGUGUGUGUGUGUGUGUGUGUGUGUGUGUGUGUGUGUGUGUGUGUGUGUGUGUGUGUGUGUGUGUGUGUGAGAGAGCGGAUUAAUUUAUGGGGGUGCUUGCCUAUGCAUCUGGCAAACUAAAAAGUUCAUGAUUUUCAUGUGUUCCUUUGUUUAGUUUGUACAACUGUGGCAACGUUCCGCUGACCACCUGCCAGCUUUUCAAAUACAUUUUGUACUAUUAAACUUAAUUAAUUCAAAUAUUUCUGAA